GAUCUCAAUUUCCUUAGUACUGUUUCAUUCAAUUUUGGAGAGAAGAGUUUUAAAGUCAAGUUUGAUAGAUAAGAAACUAGUGCUUAAUUUUAAUUGAUUAAAGAAUCAGUUUGUUGAUAGCAGUGAUCUCGAGCAGAUUCGUUAACAGAAAGCUCUUUAAGGUUCUAGAAAUUUAUAUAUAUUUUUGCUUCCAAUUCUCCGUUCAUACAAAUUUGUUAAUUAUCCUUUUUAAAAUGAGUGAGCCAAUCAGAGUUUGUGUCACCGGCGCGGCUGGACAAAUUGCCUACUCGUUGCUCUAUAUGAUUGCAAAUGGAGAUGUUUUUGGUAGAGAGCAAAAAGUCAUUUUGACAUUAUUGGAUAUUGAGCCAAUGAUGGGAGUUUUAGAGGGUGUCGUUAUGGAACUAAGUGAUUGCGCUUUUACAUUGUUGACACAAGUUAUCCCAACAGCCGAUCCAGCUGUAGCUUUCAAAGAUGUGUCUGUAGCUUUCCUGGUUGGUGCUAUGCCAAGAAGACAAGGAAUGGAAAGAAAAGAUCUGCUCUCAGCAAAUGUUAAGAUCUUUAAAGUUCAAGGUGAAGCAUUAAACACUUAUGCUAAAAAGGACGUCAAAGUUUUGGUUGUUGGCAAUCCAGCAAAUACCAACGCUUUGAUCUGUUCUCAUUAUGCACCAACAAUUCCAAAAGAGAAUUUCACGGCCAUGACAAGAUUAGACCAAAACCGAGCAAGAGCACAAAUCGCUCAACGUGUUGGCACAGACAUUUCAAACGUCCAGAAUAUUAUCAUUUGGGGGAAUCACUCAGCAACUCAAUUUCCAGAUGUCGCGAACGGUACAGCUAAUGGAAAGGCAAUAACAGAUUUAGUUGAUACUUCAUACUUGCAGUCAGAAUUCAUUGAGACUGUUCAAAAACGUGGAGCUGCUGUAAUUGCUGCUCGCAAAAUGAGCUCAGCAAUGUCUGCAGCAAAAGCAGCAGCUGAUCAUGUACGUGAUUGGUGGCUCGGAACUACCGGAACAUUCGUUUCAAUGGGUGUCUUAUCUGAUGGAAGCUAUAAUAUUCCAAAAGAUAUUGUUUUCUCCUUCCCAGUUGAAAUUCAGAAUAAACAAUGGAAAAUCGUUCAAGGAUUAAACAUUGACGAAUUUGCACGUGGAAAAUUGGAUAUUACCACAAAAGAGUUGUUGGAAGAAAAAGAAGAAGCAAUGGCUAUUUGCAAUGCAAACUGACUAGAUGGAUCGAAGUUAUAAGAAUAAUUUCGCCAAAUGAAUUUCAAGUCGUACUUUUCGUUUGUCUAUUUCCUCAAGUUUUCUUAUGAUUUUAUUUUACCGAAUUUAUGCGCAUUUUGCAAUUCUACCUUCAUGUCAAUAACAAUUAGAACGUAAUAAUGAGGAAAAACAUCCACCACCAACAAGCAUUUCUACACUUCAUUCCAAUACAUGCUUAAACCACUAAUCCAUAAAGUUUUCAGAAAAUAAGAGUUUCAAAUUUUUAUCUUUUUCUUAUUUCAAAAUUUUCUACAAAACAAAUCUUUAUUUGGACACUCUAAAUAGUCGAUGCAUUUCAAAUAAAUUUUAAGUUAAAUACUGGAAAUGGCAGUAGUGGUUUGAUCUUCACUUCUCUCAAAGCUUAUUCUUUGUUCAUCAUUUGAUGCAUCAAAAUGAAUAAUAGAUAUUAGAUCCAAUUGUGGCCAUUUCCGCCUAUAUUUUUUAUUUUCCUCUCUUCUAAGAUGUGAACUAAAAUCACAACUUUAAUUGUAAAAGGUUCAUAUUUUUUGAUAUUAUUUUAUUAUUUAAGUUCCUUUAAUUUUUAUUUAUAAUAUCUGGGUUCAAGGUCUAUUUUUAUUUAAUUGUAUUUUAUUUUUGGGGAAAUGAAAUAAAACGAAAAUUUAUAAUUGUCAGAGAUUUGAAAACAGUCGAAUGACCUUUCAAAUUCCUGCUAACAUACUUAAAACAAUAAAAACGCGAAAAAUUGGCGAUAAUGUUGAAUUAAAAAAUUAAAUGUUAAAAUUAAUAAGUCUUUAAUUUAUUUAUGAUUCUCAUUUUCAGGAAAUAGAAAAAAUAUAAAACUACAAAGGAAAAACUUAUUUAAUAAUCAUAACUAGCAAACAUUAGCUUUAAUUGUGGAUUUGACAAUUAAGUGUGAAAUUCUCUGGAUUGAAGUUUGGAUAAGUUUUGCUAAUUUUUAAGAUAACUGCCAAACAGGCAUAGAUAAAUUCAAAAAAAGUACUUUAAACAUGAUUCAGACCAUCUAUCCUUAAUCUCCAGGAAAUACACAUUAAAAAGCAUGCCGUUGAGAUUAAAUGAAUUUAUAAGCUAACGUAAAAAAAUUAAAUGUUUUAAAAAUUCAAUGCAAAAAAUCAUGAAAUUUCCAUUACAUAUUCAUAUUUGUAAUAAAUAAAAGGACACAUAACUAUAUUUUCACACAAAUUGCAAUUUUACAGCAUUUUGGCUUAUUUCUCUUUACAGACGAAUUGACAAUUGAUCAUUGCUGAGCACAGCACGUGUAUUAAUCAAGUUUUUAUACAUUUCAAUUUAUUUUGUGACUGAAAUUAUUAACAUGUCGUUUAUCUUUAUGAAAAACGAUAUGAUAUGAUUAAUUUCAGAAAAUGUUAAUGUAUUUUAAAGAGUUCAAUAGCCAGGUUUUUUUUUUGCAAAGAGAAAUUGUGAUGGUUACAAGCCUAAUUAUAUAGAUUAUUUAUUGAUAAAGAACAUCGUAAUGGUUGGGUCGAUAUAAUAAGGAAACUGAUGGAUUGUUGUCUGGGCAAUCAGGAAAGUCAUGAGCAAUUACUUCAGAUUGACUUCCACGAUCCAUAUAUACAACUCUAACAGCACAGCCGAGAGCAGCACAAAUAGCAAUUAUGUGAAUAUGAUCACUUUCCUUAUACAUUGGUUCCACUUCCUUCUUGCAAAAAUCUAGUAAACUUGUAUAAUUGCCUUCAAUGAAAUUUGAAUAGAACUCUGCUUCUUCUUGAAGUUUCCCUGACGUUAUUAGUCGCAAAUACACGACAAUAUAAUCACUGUAAGCCUGUUCAUUAAACAGUUUAUAGAGUUCGUCGAGAACCUUGUUUACGUCUUGUGUGUCUGAUGGCUCAACUUUAUUUAUAACUUCCAUGAUAGUGUCAUAAAAAUCAUCAAUCGUAAACUGUGGAAAGUUU